CAAUACAAAGCUCGCGCUUUAUCUGGUCAAAAUAAAAUAUUACUUCUAUCUCUUUACCAAAAUUCUCUCUCUCCUACGCUCAUUUCGUUGUUUCUCUGCGUGCGAGCUUAGGGUUUCUCCUUCUCCUUCGCCUUAACCUUUCUUUAUUUUUCUAAAUUCUCUGUAGAAUCCACCUUGAAUGUUUAGCAGAAUCGGCGAAGUAUUGUGGUUUGUAGAGGAAUUUUUUGAACAAGGAAGGUGGUAGUUAGCUCUGUUUUUUGCGUUAAUUUUAGUGUAUUUUGAGCUCGAUCUUCGUCAGUAUUUGAGGAUUUGAAGAAACUGAUCGGAGUGAAGUUUUCGAUUCUCUGCAUGAGCAAUGUGUUUUUAUUUUGGUUUAGCUAGAGGCCCAGGCUUUUAGUUCUGCAUUUGGUGAAGUGCGGUGAUGUGCUAAAUAAUGGCACUUAGACUUCCAGCUCCAAAGGCAGCUGAGUUUGCAAUUGCAUCCAUAGGGUGCGGAUAUGAUAUAACAGCGGACUUAAGGUUGAAAUACCGUAAAGGGGGUGCAAAGGAUUCACGGUUAAUUGAGAUUGAUGAAGGUGGGGGUAGAGAGAUUGUUUUGCCUGGUGGGAUUUCAAUACCAAAUGUGUCCAAAUCAAUAAAGUGCGAUAAAGGGGAGCGAACAAGGUUUAGGUCUGAUGUCCUUUCAUUCCAGCAGAUGUCAGAGCAAUUCAACCAGGAAAUGUCAUUGACUGGAAAAAUUCCCUCUGGUCUGUUCAAUUCCAUGUUCGAAUUCACAGGUUGUUGGCAGAAAGAUGCAGCUAACACUAAAACCCUUGCUUUUGAUGGAGUAUCCAUUACUCUUUACACAGUUGCAUUAGAGAAAUCUCAAUUGGUGCUUCGUGAUCAUGUUAAGAAGGCUGUUCCAUCAUCAUGGGAACCUUCAGCAUUAGCAAAGUUUAUUGAAAUGUUUGGCACCCAUAUUAUUGUUGGUGUGAAGAUGGGUGGGAAGGACGUUAUAUAUGUGAAACAGCAGCAUUCAUCAGUUCUUCAACCAGCUGAUCUACAGAAGACACUAAAGGAGAUGGCUGAUAAGAGGUUUUCAGAUACCAGUGGACAGUACAGCAUGGCUUCUGAACAAGUUUACCAGAAUAAAAAGUUGGAAAUUAGGGAGCAGCGGCUGAGGUUUGCUGAUACUAGUUCCUCAAGUUCUUAUUCUCACAAGGAGGAUAUUGUGAGGAUCUACAAAAGGAGAGGUGGAAGUGAUGAUAAAGUUUUAUCUCAUAGUGACUGGUUACACACUGUUCAAUUUGAGCCUGAUGUAAUCUCGAUGUCCUUCAUUCCAAUUACCUCUCUAUUGAAUGGAGUCCCAGGGAGUGGGUUCUUGAGCCAUGCCAUAAAUCUAUAUCUACGAUAUAAGCCCCCAAUUGAAGAGCUACACCAGUUUUUGGAAUUUCAGUUGCCGAGGCAAUGGGCUCCAGUGUUCAGUGAACUUCCUCUUGGUCCACAACGGAAGCGGCAAAAUACAGCAUCUUUGCAAUUUAGUCUCAUGGGGCCUAAGCUUUUUGUGAACGUUACUCCGGUUGAUGUUGGUAAGAGGCCAGUGACUGGCCUUCGGCUUUAUCUAGAAGGUAAAAGAAGCAACCGCUUGGCCAUACAUUUGCAGCACCUUUCAUCUCUUCCAAAUAUCUUUCAGCUCGCAGAUGAUCCACAUGGUAAUUUCCAUCAGGAGUCCUAUGAUCAUAAAUACUAUGAGAAAGUUCAAUGGAAGAAUUUCUCUCAUGUUUGUACUGCUCCUGUUGAGUCUGAUGAGGAACUUUCUAUAGUUACUGGAGCCCAAUUACAAGUUGAGAAUUCUGGAUUUAAAAAUAUUCUCUUUUUGCGACUGCGAUUCUCAACUGUGUUGGGAGCGACAAUUGUAAAGCAUCCAGAGUGGGAUGGAUCACCAGGUUUGGCACCUAAAUCUGGCCUCAUAUCAACAUUAAUCAGCCAUCACUUCACAUCAGUUCAGAAGCCACCACCACGACCGGCUGAUGUGAACAUAAAUUCAGCUGUGUACCCUGGAGGCCCCCCAGUGCCCGUUCAAGUCCCUAAGCUUCUGAAGUUUGUUGACACUACAGAAAUGACAAGAGGGCCCCAGGAAACUCCUGGCUAUUGGGUUGUAUCUGGAGCUAGACUGGUUGUUGAGAAGGGUAGAAUUUCUCUCCGGGUUAGGUAUUCCUUGUUGACUAUAGUAUUACCUGAUGAAGAUUUGGAACCAGACCACUAGCAGUUUUUUUUUUUUUUUUUUUCAUCUCUACCCCCUCCUUCCCUACACACGCCCUUGAGAAAAAGUGAAAAUACAAAAGAAAGUCACAGAAAGAAACGAGGAGGAAGCGACAUAAGUUAAUUGUGGUGGCUUAAAGUUGCAAAUGCAGACAGGCGUUAACUGGAAAGAAUGGUUGAUUGGGAAGUGUAGUUGGCAAUCGUUGUAAUAUUGUUGUCAUCAUUGAUAUUUUUCACCCUGUUUGUAGAUUCAUUGAGUUGGUGCCAACCACCUGAUACUGACGUACUUCAUAUGUUUUAACGCCUGCUCUGAGCAUGGUGUUUAACCAGUCGUCUCCAUCCAGGUGUACCAAAUUUUUUUGUAUGAUUGUAGCAUCAUGGCUUUCUUGGAAUAUAAGGUGGGAUCUAAGAAAGUUGCACAA